GAUUAGGGUUUUAAACUACUACUUCUUCUUCUUCGUAGACUCUGGUUUUACUAAUGGAUGAAGCGAUUCAAAGCGAGCAGCAGCAACAUCUGACUCUAGUGAUUAGAAAAGCGUGUUUUGGUCUACCAACCGCUUGUCCUUCAUGUUUGCCUGUUUACAUUUAUCUCAAAUUCGCAAAUGUUCCUUUCGAUUUGAGUUAUAAUCUCACUUUCCCUGAUUCCGAUCAAAUUCCUUACGUCGACACUGAUACAUAUGUUGCUUACAACAAUGAGAAGGGUGGUGUAAUUGAAAGUUUAAAAGAAGAUAAUAUUGUUAAUCUGGAUGCGGGAGUCCAGAAUCUUCCGGAAUGGGUAUCGACGAUGGCAAUGAUUAACUCAUGGCUAUCAGAUGCAAUCUUAUAUGAACUAUGGGUAGGUUCAGAUGGAAGUUCUGCGCACAAGAUCUAUUAUUCUGACCUCCCAUGGCCAGUAGGAAAGCUUUUAUAUCUUAAGCAAGUGCACAAUGUGAAACAAUUGCUUGGAAUAUCAAAAGAGACUGCUGAAAGAAGGGAAGAAGAGAUAUAUAGGAGAGCCACUAUGGCUUACCAAGCAUUGUCAACCAAGUUAGGUGAAGAAUCCUUUUUCUCUGACAACAGGCCAACUAGUUUGGAUGCUUUUUUUCUUGGACAUGCACUUAUUACUCUAUAUGCAUUACCGGAAACAUCAGUGCUUCGUGGCAAACUCUUGGAACAAGCUAAUCUUGUGAAGUAUGCUGAUAAACUUAAAGCCGAGUUUUUAGAUGCUGGAUCAUCAUCUCCAGAUCCAUCAUCGUCAUCUGUGCCAAGACGGGGACCAUCAAACUGGGGUUCCAAACCCAAGGGCCAACCGAAGAGGGAGAGGACACAAGAAGAGAAAAGUUUCAGACGAAAGGCGAAAUAUUUCUUGGUAACGCAAAUGGUGGCGGUUCUGGUUUUUCUUAGUCUUCUUGGUGGAUCCGAUGAUACUGAAGUGGAUGCCGAUGGUGAUGAUGGCUUCGAUUAUGAUGGUUAAACGAAAAUGAUCAUCUUCCGCUAUCGAUCAUCCCUUUUUUUAUCUGUUCCUUUUUCCCAUUAUGUGAAAUUUUUUGAGGAGAUGCACAUAUACAACUUCAUUGAUGAUUGAGUCAUGAGAUAGAGAUAAUAUGAAGCAGGAUGUGGUUCUUGUUGUUAAACUUUUGUAGUUAGAUUCAGAUUUCAUAAAUGUGUCUGAUUUGGUAC